GAUUGGAAGGACACCAAGAAUAGGAGAAGAGACGUUGGGAAGAAUGCAGAAGUUGUGUUGAUUUGAUGGUGUAAGUUGCGUGUUGGCAGCUUUGCUGCAUGUACACUUUGCUGUUUUGUUGGAACAUAUCUUUGCCAAGCCUAGUGUGGUUCUGGUAUGCGUUUUGUGAGGAAAGUAUGCCUUGGUCUUGAGCCAUUGGGGACGGCCCAGUGAAGGCAUGCUAGGCUCCAUCAAGUCCAUGCGAGCAGCUGCAGACAAGAUGGGGCAAACUGAUUUGGUGAUGGUGAUGCUCAAAUCAGAUGCCAAACACAUGACAGCCAAGAUUGAGAAGCUCUUUCAAAAGUGGGAGCUCAAAUUGCACACUGUUGAUUGGGACGUGCCACCAAAUAUGAAGCAUUAUCCAAAGACCGAUUGGUGUGGACACCAAGAUCUGAUUCGCUUAAAUGUCCUUGGCCUCGAGGGCUAUGAUGCGGUGGCUUACUUUGAUGGUGAUUGCGAGUUUCAGGGCGACAUCACUCCAAUGAUGCGGUGCGCAGCUUCAGGGACGUUCUUAAGUACUUCCGGAGGUAUGGGAGAAGCAUUGAACGUGGGCUUUUUUGCUGUGAAGCCAGACCGGCGUUUGGUGGAGGCUGCAGUUUUCUUUGCUCAGCAAAAUGCAUUCGACCACAACACUGGCUGGGGGGGCGCUGGCUGGGCGCCGAAUGGUGGCUAUUAUGUGGGUGGCGAGUGCGGACAGGGCUUCUUCUACACCUUGUUCUACAGGAAAAGCCCAGGUAGCCAAAGCGCGCUGGAACAUGUUGGCUUAUGGGACACCUUCAAGUCAGCUCAAUUGGACCGUUGCAUUUGGAACUAUCAGACUGACAGCUCCUGUCGAAAAGAUUUAGACUGCCGGCAUGUCCGAGUCCAUCACAAGCCCACAAGAGAACGGGGCUCAGAGAAGGAGUGUGACAAGCUGCAAUUUAGGCACCGGCGUGAUAGCCUACUUCACAGGCAGACCAUCUCCAGACCUCCGCUGACUGCUGAGCAGCUACGCUGGGCCCAGGAAGGGCGCUUAUUGAAGCAUUCUGCUGGGUUGUGUUUGCGACCCUCAGAAGAGGAGGGCGAUGGGACCCUGAUGCUACUAAGCUGUUCCUUCCCACCAGUGGAGCAAAACAUUCGCUUGGUGGGUGAAGUCGGCAAAGCCAACAGCUUUCUGUUGAAGCAGGGUGGUCAGUGCACCCAUGUUGAGGGCGAUGAGGACCCAGAGAUGAUCCCGAAGGAGCCGAAACUGGCCUUUCCGGUGGAUUGCGCAGCCCAUUUGCAGACGAGGGUCGACAUAUUCGAACUGGAACAGAAUCAACAGUUCACUGUGGGGGCCAGGGUUUGUCUCUUAGGAAAAUACAGCUAAUCCAUGGGUCAUUUAUCAAAGCUGUGUGCAGAGGGUGUUUGAGCAGCUUGGCUGUUUGCCUUCCGGGUCCGAUGUGUCUAGGGUUUGACAAAUAAGCAGACAACCUGUGAGGAAGCUUUUGAUGGAUCUGAAGGGCCGACAUUAGAGUUGAAGCUGCUAGGAGUGUAGGCUGGCGCCACCUUUCUGUUGACUGUUCUUGGGCUCAGCUGGAGCCUCUCUCGUGUCAGACGCUUUCCUUCUCCUUUUUCACGCACGGACACCAUAUACAUACACAUAGAAACAGAACAAAUCAUGUUUUGAGUGUGAAAAGGCCAAAGGGUGAAAUAUUAUACUUUGGAUGUAGUUUCUGCAAUGCAUUCCCUUGGGAUCCAAGGCUGCUACAACCAACCAGCCGCGCUUCAAGAAGAUCCCUUCCACUGCUGUGAAGGGCGGAUUUCUCAUACAGCACGAAUCAGGGCGCUGCAUUCAUCCAUAUGAAGGUGCAGUGGAUCCCAGACAGAACACAGAUGUGAUCCUUCACUCUGAUUGCAACACAGAUCGGAAGGCGCUCACGUGGAUUGAGGAGUGAAUGUCCAACUCGUGGAAGACGCGUCCAACGUCUUGUGUCGAAUCGGUCCUCAAAGACGUCCAACAGAUCACUGGAGUUUCUGGAGGUGUGAACUUGGAGAUCCUUGCAGCACCUUGCAGAUCAGCUUUCAAGGAUUUUGAAGGGGCACGUUCACUGCAAGGUUGAGAAGACGAAGAAGAUGUUCCACCGACCAUGGAGUGUGUUUAUCCAGGAUGCUCGAGUUUCUACACUUCGCUUGUGUGCAG